AUGUCGGGCUUUGGAGACUACCCGCCAAACAUGGCGCCCCAGGACGCGCUCAUCGUGCGACAAGAAGCCGAGCCCGAUCACGCAGUCGUCCCCUACACCGGCGAAGACCUCGCCCGACCGCGCGUCGGCCCCGCGAACCCCUUUAAAGACGAAUCGGCCCUGACGCUGAAGCGCAAGAACGUGCUCACGGGCAGAGCGGAGGAGACAUACAUUUCAGAACACACAUUCCGCAGCAAACACCGCGCCGUCGAGCGGAAAGGCGGGCCGGAGAGGGAGUACCAGACAGGCGCGGCCGUCAAGGAAGAGAACGCGCGGAUACGGUCCGGUCGCGAGGGUAAAGGCGAUGCGACUAUCGUGGAGGGCGACGGGGCGUACUUGGGUCCCUGGGCUCGGUACCGCCGCGAGGAGUACGAGGUCGUCGGCGAGGGGGAGGCGCUGGCCAGCGACGAGGAGUACGAAGAGGUGACGGACGAGGACGACGACGUGGUGGAGAGCGGAACGGUGCUGCGCGCGCCCGAGGCGGCACUGGCGCGGAGGAAGGAGGUCGAGGCCAUGGGCGAGGAGACGACUACGUUCCACGGCGUCGAGGAAACGGAUUACCAGGGCCGGACGUACAUGCACGUCCCGCAGGACCUCGACGUCGACCUGCGCAAGGAGCCGGGCAGCGUGACGAACUACAUUCCCAAGAAGCAGAUCCACGCGUGGAAGGAUCACUCCAAGGCCGUCACGGCGCUGCGCUUCUUCCCUGGGUCCGGGCACUUGUUGCUCUCUGCGUCGGCGGACAGCACGGUCAAGAUUUGGGAUGUCUAUCACGAGCGGGCGCUGCUGCGGACGUUUUCCGGGCAUACCAAGGCGGUGUCGGACGCGACGUUUAAUAAUGACGGUACGCGGUUCUUGUCGGCGAGUUUCGAUCGGCAGAUUAAGCUGUGGGAUACGGAGACGGGCACGUGUCUGAGCCGGUUCUCGACGGGCAAGACGCCGCAUGUGGUGCGGUUUAAUCCGUCGGCGGAGCACGCUCACGAGUUUGUGGCGGGCAUGUCAGAUAAGAAGAUUGUGCAGUGGGAUACGCGCGCCGGCAACGAGAUUGUGCAAGAAUAUGAUCACCAUCUCGCCGCCAUCAACACAAUCACAUUCGUCGACGAAGGCCGCCGCUUCAUGACGACCUCGGACGACAAAUCCCUCCGCGCCUGGGACUACAACAUCCCGGUGCCCAUCAAGUACAUCGCCGAGCCCUACAUGUACCCCAUGACGCGCGCGGCGCCGCACCCGAGCGGGAAAUACGUCGCCUUCCAGUCGUCGGACAACCAGAUCGUCGUCUACGGCGCCAACGACAAGUUCCGGCAGAACCGCAAGAAGUCGUACCGCGGGCACAACAACGCCGGCACGGCGAUUGAUGUGAGCGUGAGUCCCGACGGACAGUUUUUGGCGAGUGGUGAUACGCAGGGUUUUGUGUGCUUCUGGGACUGGAAGACGUGUAAGAUGUAUCAUAAGUUGAAGGCGGGUGAUGAGGCUGUUACGUGUGUUGCGUGGCAUCCGCAGGAGACGAGUAAGUUUGUCUCGGCGGGGGCGGAGGGGGAUAUUCGGUAUUGGGAUUAG